GCUACAUGAAGUCAUUAACAACAAAUGUUACCCUCGUUUUUUUCCCGGCGACUAAAGACCUUUAUGUUGAAAUUUAAGGGCUUCAUAAUUUGAUUCGCUGAGGGAGGAGCGCAUGCGCUGUGUUCGAUAAACAUGAAUGGGUGGGUUCAUGUGACAGAAGCAGUUUAGCCGGGAGAUGAAACACAAAACCAAUAGAAGAGCAGGAUAUUUUGCAAUAGAAGUAUUCCUGCACAAACCGGCUGUAUCAGUUACAAUUCUGCUUUGACUAUUUCGAAUCAGAUUUCCAUCCGCUUUGCGCUGAAUUGUAGCAGCGUUGAACCAAAAUGGUGUUUUCUUUCAAGUCAAUUUUUGCUUUUGCAAAACGAUUCCCAAUAAGGCAUAUCUGGAUCCCGAUUAGAAAUUGCAAUCUUGCUUCUUGCACCCGGAACACAAAGACAAGAGAACAAGAACGGCAGAAUUACACAUCUGCCUCAAAUGGAACCCGACAGUCUCCUAUUAACUUAAGCUCUGAUAGGAGUGUGUACGAUCCGCAACUGAAACCUUUGGAGAUUUCCUAUGACCCCAGUAGUUGUCUUUUACUCAGGAACAACGGCUACUUUUUCCAGGUAGAAUUUGAAGACUCAAAAGACAACUCAGUUAUAAGCAAUGGACCACUGCAAAACCAUUACAGAUUAAAGCAAUUCCAUUUUCAUUGGGGUGCAGAAAAUGAUCGUGGAUCAGAGCACACAGUUAAUAAUCAGGUCUAUCCUGCUGAGCUUCAUCUGGUUCACUGGAAUCCAGUGAAAUACAAGAACUGUGAUGAAGCUAUUCUGUCUGAAGGUGGUCUUGCAGUUAUAGGAGUAUUCUUAAAGCUUGGCAGAAGGCAUGAUAGGCUGCAGAAAAUUGUGGAUGCAUUACCGGCUAUUAAAUAUAAGGAUGCAGCAAUUGAUUUCUUCAGUUUUGAUCCUGGAUGUUUGAUUCCAUCUUGUUCUGAUUACUGGACAUAUCCUGGUUCUUUGACAACACCACCACUGACUGAAUCUGUUACCUGGGUCAUUAUGAAGGAUCCAAUUGAAAUUGGUCUUGAACAGCUGGCUGUGUUUCGUAGUUUGUUUAGCACAGCUCCUGGGGAAAAGCAAAAACAUAUGGUGGACAACUAUAGACAAUUACAGCCUUUGUUGAAACGCACAGUCUAUACAACAAUCCCAUGAAAAUAGAUCUCUACAGAAAGGACAUCCGUGAAUGUGGAAAACUGUUUAAACAAAUAUACCUGAGCGCCUUUCUUAUACUUUACGCACAUUAAAUAACUUCUAUGGUUGGGUGAACUGGAGAAAGAAAUAACUUAACCUUCAAAGUCUACAUAUAGGAUCUUCUAAUAUAUAUCAAAAGCUAGACACAAUUCAGAAUAUGUUUAUAUAUUUGGGUGUAUUUUAUAAUUUGGUACAGUUAAAAUUUAUAAUUUUUAUUAUUUGAUGCUGAAAAUUAUAUCUAUUAGGGUGUUUGUAUCAUCUAGAAUGACAGAAAAAAUGUCAAUGUUUUACAAAGAACACUAAAUAAAAGCUAAACCUUGGUCUCAUACUUAUCAAUGGAACAUUGCUUAUAAACUAUAUUUGUAUAAUGUUUAGGAUUUUAUUCAAAAUUAUAGUGAUUGUUGAAGAAAAUGUUGACUGGAACUGUUAAGUUCAUCCAAAGGUGCAUGAUAGAAUGGUGCUACAGCAAUCACUGUUGCCAAUUGGAUGAAAACUUGUCUCUUGUUCUACAGGUAGCAACAGCAUGCCACUUGACUCCUUGUAUUUGUUCUACCAUGCAGAAGAUCAUAACUUAUCUCUUGCCUUUGUGUCACUUUCCUGCACUAACCACCAUAUGCCUUGAUUCUCUUGAUAUAUGACAAUCUAUUGAUCUUUCUUGAAUAUAUAGUAUUCAGCAGCUGAAUAUCCACAGCCCCCUUGGAUAGAGAAUUUCAGUGAAAUUUCCUGUCUCUAUCCUGGAAAGCCAAAGUUGUCAUAAGCAAUGGAAAAUAUGAACUCCACACCUAUCCUUUCUACACCUGCAGUUUAGAAAAAUGAGGGAUCUCAGUAAACUCAAGAGUACAGGUCUGAUUUUGCAUAAUCACUUUUCAUAUGUCAAGUUCAUAAUGUCAAGAAUCAAUAAUGGAUUUUUGCUGCACUCCCUUCAUCACAGGUGUAUCUCUAGAUAGGGAGAACAGACUUCGUGAUUUGUGUACGAAGGUAGCAACGUUUCAAUGAGUUUCAACUUAAAAAAAAUAACUUUUUUAAAUAAGGUGGGUAAUAUUUUUCCACAUUUUACCACCUACAAUAUUCUCACCAAUUUAUCAUCAUCAUCAGGUUUGAGCUUUGACUGCCAUGGCCCACACACUCCUGUUUCGGGUCAAGUGGAUCAGUUCAUUGGUAUUCAUUUCCAGUUCUCUGGCUGCUGUCUCCAUCAUCAUUUGUCUUUGCCUUCCUUUUGCUUUCUUCCCUUCAAUCCUUCCCAUAAUUACUGUGCGUUGUAACUCCUCUUUCCUAAUCACAUGUCCAAUGAAAUUACAUUGCCUUUUCAUGAUCUCAUACAUUAUUUCUCUUUUUGUGCUUGCUCUGUUCAUGGCAUCCUCGUUAGAUAUUCAUUUCGUCCAUGAUGAUCUUUGCAUCCUUUUCAAAAACCACAUCUCUGCUGCUUCAAUUUGUUUCCUCAUGUUACUAGAUAUUGUCCAACAUUCUGAUCCAUAUAACAUAACUGGAUAAAUGUAACAUUUCAGUACUCUGAGGCAGGUUGUCAUGCCUAGUUUAGUGUUGGUCAGUAUACUCUUCAUUCUCGUAAAGGUGUCUUUUGCCAUCCCUAUUCUUCUUUUGAUGUCCAUGUCGCACCUGCCAUCUGAUAUCACCCAGCUUCCUAAGUAGCAAAAGUUCUGUACUUGUUUUAUGUCUUCCCCAUUUAUUUUCAGUCUGCAGAUAGGAUUCUCCUUUUUGGAUAUCACCAUAUAUUCUGUCUUUUUGCAAUUGAUAGAUAGACCCAUUUUUGCACUUUCGUCAACUAUAUCAAUUAAGUUUUGUAGUUCUUCCUCCGUACUUGCAAUUAACACAGUGUCAUCCACAUAUCUGAAAUUAUUGAUGUUUUCACCACCAACUUUGGUUCCCAAGAUCUUUCUUUUUUUGUAAUGUUGUUUCAUUGUACACAUUAAACAGAUCAGGGGAGAAAACACACCCUUGUCUAAUGCCUCCCUUGAUUUUCGUAAACUGACUCACUUCUCCAUCUAUUCUUACAGCGGCAGUUUUUUCCCAGUACAGAUUUCUGAUUAGGCGGAGGUCUUUCGAAUCUAAAUCUAGAGUUUCCUGUAAUAUUUCAGGUAACUUAUUGUGCUUCACUUUAUCAAAUGCUUUUGUGUAGUCGAUAAAACAAACAAACAAAUCUUUUUGCAAUUGAAUAGCUUGUUCUGAUAGUAUCCAUAACAUUAAUAUCAUGUUCCUCACCACCUAUUUAUAUUUAUUUAGAGCCUCUCUGCAUGUCAACCAGCUUUGUAUCAUUAGUAAAUGUGGAUAGACUCUU